GGAGCUCGUUACAAGGAGUCGCGUCCCAGCCGCACCGCAGCAGUCCGUCGCCGUGGCCGCAGUCUCAUUCCAGCGCUCGUGGCAAGAACAACGAUUUGGGGCAAGACAACGCGACCGCGAAUCGCCCAGUGAAGUGAGUGGCAGCCAGCCGCCAGCCGCCAGCCAAUCGCCUCGAGCUCCAGCGCGCGGCGCGAGUGCAGAUUUCGAAUUGGAUUAAGUGGAGUCGCGCUGCAAGAUGCGGCAGCCGUGCCCCGCCGGUCGCCCCCAGCGUGCGGCAAGUGUGUGAAAUGUGCUACCUGAGAAAAUGCCCACGGAGUGCUCAAACAUAUCGAAACAAAUCGAAACAGGGGAUUCAGAUCGCUAGUGCCCCAGUGAACCUCGCGCCCAGAUCGCCACUCGAUUUUCUCUCAGUGCUCUAGUGUUGCGAUUUGCUUUUUUUUGCAACGCCCCUUGACAAACUACGGAAUACAAUCAAUACUAAUCUUAAGGCAACUACAAUCUACUCAAAACACUUAGAAUUUAGAGAUCUCACUGCCACCUAGAACCACCGCUAUGCAGCACACGUCGCCCAGUGGAGCGAUUCCCAGCCUCAUCAGCAUGUUCUCCCGCCAGUGCCUUCCCCACCCCGCCCGCUCACCACCCACAAAGGCCGCCCAGCGCGGUCCGAAGACCUCCCCCCACCCCCGAUGGAGGUUCGGCCUUUGGACGCUGCUGAUCGCCAGCGGCUGCCUGAUGCUCAACGCGCCGCCAACGACCGCUUUUGAAAUCGCCACGUGCAACGUGCCCCUCGGCAUGGAGUCGUUGGUCAUCACAGAUGCUCAAAUCACAGCGAGUUCGGCCCAUGACAUGGGCUUCGUUGGGCCCCAACACGCAAGACUGAAAACCGAUAAUAACGGCGGAGCCUGGUGCCCCAAGCACAUGGUGUCCAACGCCCUCAAGGAGUUCCUGCAGGUCGACCUCCUCCAGACGCACGUGAUCACGGCCAUCCGGACCCAGGGCCGCUUCGGCAAGGGCCAGGGCCAGGAGUACACCGAGGCCUACGUGCUCGAGUACUGGCGCCCCGGCUUCGACAAGUGGCAGCGCUGGAAGAACAUCCAGGGCAAGGAGAUCCUGCCCGGCAACAUCAACACGUACAGCGAGGUGGAGAACGCCCUGCAGCCGAUCAUCUUCGCCUCCAAGAUCCGCAUCUACCCGUACGGCCAGUACGACCGCACCGUCUGUCUGCGCGCCGAGAUCGUCGGCUGUCCCUGGGAAGAGGGCAUCGUGUCGUACAGCAUUCCGAAGGGGGUGCAGCGCGGAAUGGAAGUGGAUCUCUCGGACAAAACCUACGACGGCAACGAGCAGGGAGAUCGGUUUGUGGACGGCCUCGGCCAAUUGGUGGACGGGCAGAAGGGCAAGGACAAUUUCCGCACCGACAUCCAUGGAUUCGGAAAAGGUUAUGAAUGGAUUGGCUGGCGUAACGAUACGCCCGGUCUGCUGGGAAAGCCGGUGGAAAUUGUCUUUGAGUUCGAUUCGGUUCGCAAUUUCAGUGCCAUCGUGCUGCACACGAACAAUAUGUUCACCAAGGAUGUCCAGGUGUUCGUGCACGCCAAGGUGUUCUUCAGCAUCGGCGGUCGCUACUUCUCGGGGGAGCCCGUGCAGUUCUCCUAUAUGCCCGACACCAUAAUGGAUCAUGCCCGGGAUGUGACCAUCAAGCUGCACCACCGGGUGGGCAAGUACUUGAAAAUCAAUUUGUACUUUGCCGUCAAAUGGAUUAUGCUGUCGGAGAUCAGCUUUAUAUCCGUGCCCGCUCAGGGAAACUUCACCGACGAGCAGGAGCAGCGCAGCAACUUGGCGAACCUGCCACGGGACUCCCACGACGACUCCAAGAACUACGAGUACCAGCCCAACAAGAACAAGCCCAACGGAGUGGGCGGCUCCGCCGAAGGCCUCGGAGAGGGCGUGGCCACGGCGGGAGGCGAGUCCGGCGGCAACAGCAAGUACAACAACGGGCCGCAGUUAAUUGCGCCACGGCCCAUCGAUCAGGAGCCGAACGACGCCAACUUCAUCGGGGUGGUCAUCGUGGUGCUGACGACCAUCAUAAUCCUGCUGGUGGCCAUCAUCCUGUUCAUCGUCUCGCGGACCAAGCGGGCCCGCGGCAGCAACGUCCUGGACGCGUUCCAGUACAGCUUCAACCCCAACACCCUCGGCGGGAACGUGGACAAGCACCGCCCGAACGGCAACAGCAUCAAGGCCAACGUGGACGACAACGACUCGAUUGGCAAGAACAGCCUCUACCACGAACCCUUCAACGUGAACAUGUACACGAGUGGCGUGAACGGCUACGCGGCGGUUAAUGAUUUACAGUGCAACAUGACGCCCGACUACACAGAUGUGCCGGAAGGAGGCUACGCCGUGCCCCACAUGCAGGACUACAUCCCCUCCUCCAAGAUGGCAGGGGGAGGGCCCGCCGGAGUGGGCUACGUGAACGUGCGCCGCACCCCGCCCCCGCCGCUGAGCAGCAUCUUCCCCCGCCCGCCCACCGUCCCGCCGCCGCCCAUGGAGAAGUACUACGCGACCACGGCCAUAUUCAAGCCGUUGAAGGGCCCGGGCUCGGAGCGCAGCGGCGGGAGCAGCAACACCAACACGGUGGCCAGCAGCCACUGCAGCACCGGCGGGCAGGACCACAGCGGCAUCUACGACGACGGCAUCGGCACGAUGAACUCCAAGGCCACCGCCCCCAUGAUCAACCCCUACGGCAGCGGGAACAGCUCCUCCUCCGCCGCCGCCGCCGCGGCGGAGUUCCAGCGGGCCCGGACCUACAACUUCCGCAGCUACCCCGACAACCUCUAGUUCGAAGCCUCGCUCCAGCUGGUGGCCGCGGCGGAGCCGAGGGCCGCGGAGGCGCCCUCUCGCCGUGGCGCGGCCGCCAGCACCACCAUGCCGAAGAAGCCGCACUCGCAUCCGCACUCUCAGCCGCAGUCGCAGUCGCAGUCGCAGCACCUGGGAAGGCACGGGGCCGGGCCGGGGAAGGGCAAGUACAGCCUGACCCUCCACAACGGCAAGCUCGCCCCGGUGAGCGUGCACCUGAAGUCCGCGGCAAGGACGGCGGCCGCCGACGGCGACUCCUUGGGGCACCUCGGCAGGCCGGCGGGCGACGGCAGAGGCGGAGGCGGAAGCGGAAGCGGAAGCGGAGGUGGAGGCGGAGGCGCAGGCGACAACGGACGGGGGGGGCGAGGGGACGAACGGUGCCUCGAGGGCACUGAACAACAGGCUGUGGUACCAUUGAUGAAAACCCAAAAUUGAAUGGAUUUGAGCGAGAUAAUCUACAAAUGCAACACAACUAGAACGCUACUCCGAAGUCAGGUUCAGCAAUCUGAAUCCCACGCUAAAAGGGCAGAGCGGUCAGAGGUCGGAGUUGGAACUAUUAAACCCACUGAGCAAGCAGAAACGAAGCAAAUCGAAUCGAAAUCGAACACGAACACGAAAACAAGUCGCCUACCAAUCAUUUAUAUAGUAGAGUCGAGCAUAUGCCAAGAACGUAGAAAGCGAAACCUGUUUAAAACACCCUGUAAAUAUACGAGUUAGGAUCUGGUAGUGAAAGCCUGCAAAUGAUAUGAUAAUUAUUUCGGAGAGGGAGCGCCACAGGAGCGCCACCAUCGGACGCACCGAGGAGCAAGGAUAUACACGAAUAAAGAAAAUAUUAAGACGAAUUUAAGGUCUAGCAUUUAGCGACACAAUUUGUUUAUAAAACGAAGCGGGAGAUAAUAUAUUACAUAGCUUAUAAAACGUUCAACUGAUUUGUAGUACUUUUUCGAGAGGAGCACUGGAAAUCUGCUACUAACUGUACAUGCCUGUGAAUCUUAUCCUGACUAACCUGAACUAUCGAACUAUCUGAACUAUCCCUGUAAGCGCCUGUACCCACACUACCUAAGCCCCACUGUACAUUUUCUGUGUAUAAACUAGAGACGUAGAUGGUUUGCUGUAGAUGGAACGCCACGUUAAGCAAAAGGAUUUACUUAGGUAAAUUGUCGAUCGAGGUGAGAUGAUGAUAAAUUGAAACGGAAUUUAACGGACCAAGAGAGCGUGCAGAGCGACUUCGCCUAAACCAAGAAAAUGGAGUUUUCAUCAAUGAUUUGUGAUUUAAUAUUCAACUAUUUAUAGACCCGCAGAUGCGAGCAUUCAGUUCUCAAUUCUAACCCUAAUUUACCGAAACAUACUACCCGUAAAUGACUCUGACUAUAAAUGAAAGCUCUAUGAAUAUAAAAACAAAUCGUAUUUAUAAUUAAUAUUAAUGGAUAAUCAUGUAUAUGUUCCUUUUUAGUUUAAUGCGCAUUGAUAUCACCCGGUAAAUUAAUAAGAGUUAAAAGUAGUAGCUUCGUAGUAGUUUAAUAAAUCAGCAGCAAAGAUAAUUUUAAACAACCGAAUACAUAUGCAAACAAUAGGCGUGUUGGAAAUAGCGAUAAAAACAAACAGAGCCACACACUCGACAUCCACUAAUACACUUAAAAUUAGUUUAACUAGCGAAACGUUAAAAUAAACCAAAACAGGCACACGAUCCACACAAACAGAGUUUAAGAUGUUUGUGCAGGAAUUUUCAAAGGUUUUAGCGAGAAAAAAGUAAAUCAAGUUAAAGUAAAGCAAAGGUUACAACAAUAUUUAAAGUAUUUAAUAUAUAAGGCUUCGAGAUUUGUCUGUAUGUAUUCCAUAACCUUUCGCACGAAUUCUAAACUUUCCAACUUUCCAUUGCACCAAAGGAUUGCCUUAACUGGCCCACUGAUACACACUAUAACAGCAAGACACGAAAAACACUGCAAAAAACACUGUCCGCCACUGAAAAUUACUAUCGAGCAAAAACAAAUCACGAACCUACCUACAAGACUUGUGUAAAUUAUAAAAACCUAAAAGAAAGCUAAAUAAAACGAUUAGAGAUUAAGUUAAAAAACAUUUUGUAAAAAUUAACGAAAGCAAACUGUAAAAACUAAUAUACUAAUGUAAUGGUUAUCCGGUCUUUUGGAUCACGGCAAAUGUCAUUUAAUUGUUUAUUUGCGGUGCGCUUAGCGGUCGAUAUUCCGACUAGUUUAAUUUCUAAAUUAAUUGCAUUUAUUAUGUGUACAUUUUUCGAAGGCAAAUAUAUAGUAUUCAAUUAUUUAAACAGCGAA